GUGUCGGUGGGAGCUGCUGCUGUUAAGGGGGUGGAGCAAGGGACUGAUGAGGUGUCUGUCAACAAGGACCUGAGCCAAUUACAUCCAGGUUGGUUUCACCACUACCUUAAUCUAUUACUAUAGCCAAAUAUUAGCUUUACUUUCAAUGUAUAGUUCUUCUUGUACUUCUAUUUCCACUUCCUCACAAUAAUUGGUAGUCGUUCUUUAAUAGGCCCUACAUCAGCUUAGCUUAGGCAACUUCUGUUGCUUGACAUAUUAGUGUUAAAUUAGCCUGUAUGGUACAGCCGUUCUAGUUUAUCAUCGAUUGGUUUCCAGGAUGACAUUAUAUUGACGUGUCGUGUGAUGUGAUCUCUGUUCACUUUCUUAGAAAAGCAACCAGCAGCAGAGACCCUGAUUACUUCAACAGAGAGUCCUGAGUCUCCCAGGUUGAACAAGCAGGAGCCUGAGCAGUCCAUACAUCUGCCAAAUCAGACUCUAGCAGAGCCAGAGCAGCCACAGGAUAUAACAACAGGAAUGACCAAGCCAGCAAAGAUGGAACCCUCCUCUGAAAAGAGGGUGGUCAAACCCAGACCCAGCACAGAGGACAUCAAGGCCAUGAUACCACACACCACCACCACCACCAAAGAACCCAGUACUGCAUCCGUAACCAUCAAGGAAGAACCCAUGGAGGCCUCAGCCUCUGAGCCUUCAGGAGUGGAACAGGUUGAAGGUCCUUCAGGUCUGGAGACUGCAGUCAAGGAGGCUUGGAGGGAGAAACAAAUGUCUGGGAUACUGGCUGGUGGGGUUUCGGCAGUGGCCUGUGCCUUGGAAGAGAUGGACACCACCCCUGAGACUGAGAGCAAGCCUAACCUCUCCUACCUCAGCCCCCCCAUCAAUGACAAGCCCUACAAGACAUCUAUGGAAAGACUGGCAGAGAUGGCUGCCUCCCCUACCCACUCCUCCCCUAGGAACAGGGGUCCCUCUCCCAGGCAGCCUCCCCAGCACCACCACCCCUCCCACCCUACCCUAGGGGAAAACGGCAGUAGCUUCUCCUCCACCACCGUCAUACCACUUACCCCUAAGAUUGGCAUGGGCAAGCCAGCCAUCUCCAAGAGGAAGUUCUCCCCAGGCAGACCCAGGGUGAAGCAGGUAAGACAUUGGUGGUGCUGGGUGGGUGCUGUGGCUUUCGUCUAAAAUCUAAGCCGCCUUGAUGUGUUAUUCUUAGUAUUUCAAGGGUGUUCAUGUGGUAUCCCAGAGCUACAGAAUCUCUUUUAGAAUCUCUUAUUUGCUCAUUUAUUUAAUUAUGUAUAAUUUAUUUAUGUAUUAUAUAGGUCUGUAUUUAUUAUAUUUUCAAAAAGCAUCUAUAAUCCCAGGUCGAAAACCCUAGAGUAAUUGGUGUAAGCCAGUGAUCCUCUGUUUGGUCAUUGUGUGGGUGAGUAUACGUAUCUGAUGAUGAGAGGUGGAGGAGCAUUCUGAAUGCUCUUUCCCAGAGCGGUGACUUGACUCUGAUGUCAGUGGUUUGAAAUAUGAACAAAACAAGUGUUGCUGCUGCAGAGGACACUUAACCCAGAGAACUUGCCAGUGGUGGCAGUUGAGAACCAUUGUCUGUUGUGUUUGAUGUUUAACUGUAUCGUCAGCAGAGGUCAAGGCUGUUCUCACACCUCCCCCUCAGUUUUCACUUGGUCUGUUGGACUCUAAAAGUCACACUGUGCAGAAUGAGAAUGCUUAUAUAGUUGUAUUCCUUAGGCCAUAUGCAAACACCCUUAUCAAGACCUUUCACACACCUUACCCCUCCUCUACAUAAUCUACCAUACGUUAUCUCACUUUUUCUGCUCAUUCUGACCCACUCUGCGCGUGCACACACACUGCCCCACAGCCCUAUAGGAGCACACUGCCAAUAUACAUAAACAGUAAUAAUAGACAACUUUAUAUAGAUCCAUAUAUCCUAUAUACAAGCCCUACAGUAUAACAUCAAGCAUGAAAUUGCACCUGUCCUAGACUAAUGUGCCCUCUCCAUGGAAAUCCUAGUACAUGCCUUGUGCUGUAGGCAGUUCCUCUCUGAUGACGGCUACACGCCUGUUCACUUGUCAUUCUCCUUAGAAUACCUUUUAUUAGGGUUUUCUUAAGCACAUUCCACUUUCAUCAAGCCACUAAUCAGAGACACUGUAUGCGGGUUGGGACAAAUCCUAUGUGUUUAGAACUGGGAUAUUAAUCACACCCAUGGCUAUGAUACAUUAUGGAUGAUUCUGAGACUGAGGAGAGUUAAGCCUUGAAACAUUGUGUUUUUCUCUCCAGAUGUAUCCUAUUGCUUAAAUAAACGGUGGGUGUAGACUCAGACUAAUUUGUUAGUUCAGGCCUGGAGGAGAUCUAAUGUGGAAAUGUGAAAACAGUGCAAUCUUGUUUACAGUUAUAUUUAGUGUCUUCAAGUGUAGUAUGCUUCUAUCUCGAAGAGGCAUGCUCUGUCAGUCGUGCUGCCUGACAUAACCAGGCGUUGUUUUGUCAAAAAGCCAGUGGUAUGAGUGAGGCAGUGACACGCAGUUGCCAUGGCGAGAGGAUGCUGAGUUCUUGCUCCUCCUCCUGCUGCUGUUGCACUGUGCCGUUACCUUGGCGAAUGCUGCUGUGCUGUGUGAACUCAAGGUUGCUGUGCCGACUAACACAAUUCUGCUUCACCCAUGCGAACACUGUCUGAAUGUCUACCUCCAAACAUGCCUCAACUCCUAUGCAUGAGAGAUCUCUAGGAUUGGCUUCAAUAUAUAAAGUAUCAUGUGCAUCAUCAUAUCAUGCUGGUUUUACACCCCGAAUCAGAACAGCAUCAUUAACUCUGCUUGUACAUGGGGUGUGUUGAAUCUUCCAGCAAGCUUCUUCAGCCACUAGCCUUUUUUAAACUCACUGCAUCUCUAACAUCACUGUCUCUUAUGUUUUCACCAUCGCUGGCUUGGUUUUUAUGUUGCUGCAUUUUGUCGCCCUCCUUCCUUCCCUCUCCCACUCUCUCACCCACCCAACCCGACCCCCCUACCUUUACCUUAGGGCGCAUGGCAUGGGAGCCCACAUAGCAGUGUGAGCUCUCCCUCCUGGUCCCCAGACCAGCCAGAGGGGUGGGACGUCCCAAAGACAAGGCAGCUCUCCUCCGGCUGCGGUAGCCCCGGAUGGAGCAUCCGAGUGGUAAAUAACCAUGGCUCUCUCGCUGGAGACCAGACCACCAGAAUCACCACAGGGCCAUGCCACGGCAGCCCCCUUUUUACCGCUUAGACUUUGUGAAGUGCACUGGCAGAGUGAUGAUUGAUGUCACUGUGUUAAUUAUGAACUUUCAUUAUUAAUCAUCCAUCAUUCACCUAUCAAUGUGUCACCAGAGGAGAAGAGACUGGUGAAUUCACAGUGAGAGGCUAAUAGUGGAAUGGUGGAUGAGAACCUAUAGUAGCCUAAUACAACUCCCCCUUAAUGGCAAAAUACAGUGAGGGGAAAAAAGUAUUUGAUCCCCUGCUGAUUUUGUACGUUUGCCCACUGACAAAGACAUGAUCAGUCUAUAAUUUUAAUGGUAGGUUUAUUUGAACAGUGAGAGACAGAAUAACAAAAAAAUCCAGAAAAAACCCAUGUCAAAAAUAUUAUAAAUUGAUUUGUAUUUUAAUGAGGGAAAUAAGUAUUUGACCCCUCUGCAAAACAUGAAUUAGUACUUGGUGGCAAAACCCCUGUUGGCAAUCACAGAGGUCAGACGUUUCUUGUAGUUGGCCACAAGGUUUGCACACAUCUCAGGAGGGAUUUUGUCCCACUCCUCUUUGCAGAUCUUCUCCAAGUCAUUAAGGUUUCGAGGCUGACGUUUGGCAACUCGAACCUUCAGCUCCCUCCACAUAUUUUCUAUGGGAUUAAGGUCUGGAGACUGGCUAGGCCACUCCAGGACCUUAAUGUGCUUCUUCUUGAGCCACUCCUUUGUUGCCUUGGCCGUGUGUUUUGGGUCAUUGUCAUGCUGGAAUACCCAUUCAUGACCCAUUUUCAAUGCCCUGGGUGAGGGAAGGAGGUUCUCACCCAAGAUUUGACAGUACAUGGCCCCGUCCAUCGUCCCUUUGAUGCGGUGAAGUUGUCCUGUCCCCUUAGCAGAAAAACACCCCCAAAGCAUUAUGUUUCCACCUCCAUGUUUGAUGGUGGGGAUGGUGUUCUUGGGGUCAUAGGCAGCAUUCCUCCUCCUCCAAACACGGCGAGUUGAGUUGAUGCCAAAGAGCUCGAUUUUGGUCUCAUCUGACCACAACACUUUCACCCAGUUCUCCUCUGAAUCAUUCACAUGUUCAUUGGCAAACUUCAGACGGGCCUGUAUAUGUGCUUUCUUGAGCAGGGGGACCUUGCGGGCGCUGCCUGCAGGAUUUCAGUCCUUCACAGCGUAGUGUGUCUUACCAAUUGUUUUCAUGGUGACUAUGGUCCCAGCUGCCUUGAGAUCAUUGACAAGAUCCUCCCGUGUAGUUCUGGGCUGCUUCCUCACCGUUCUCUUGAUCAUUGCAACUCCACGAGGUAAGGUCUUGCAUGGAGCCCCAGGCCGAGGGAGAUUGACAGUUCGUUUGUGUUUCUUCCAUUUGCGAAUAAUCACACCAAUUGUCACCUUCUCACAAAGCUGCUUGGCGAUCGUCUUGUAGCCCAUUCCAGCCUUGUGUAGGUCUACAAUCUUGUCCCUGACAUCCUUGGAGAGCUCUUUGGUCUUGGCCAUGGUGGAGCGUUUGGAAUCUGAUUGAUUGAUUGCUUCUGUGGACAGGUGUCUUUUAAACAGGUAACAAACUGAGAUUAGGAGCACUCCCUUUAAGGGUGUGCUCCUAAUCUCAGCUCGUUACCUGUAUAAAAGACACCUGGGAGCCAGAAAUCUUUCUGAUUGAGAGGGGGUCAAAAACGUAUUUCCCUCAUUUAAAAUGCAAAUCAAUUUAUAACAUUUUUGACAUGCGUUUUUCUGGAUUUUGUUGUUGUUAUUCUGUCUCUCACUGUUCAAAUACACCUACCAUUAAAAUUAUAGACUGAUCAUUUCUUUGUCAGUGGGUAAACGUACAAAAUCAGCAGGGGAUCAAAUACUUUUUUCCCUCACUGUACCAAACUUUUAUCCGCCAGAGAGAAUCCAUUGCUAGGCUAUGUACAUGUAACAUUAACCCAAUGUACAGUGCUUUAACUUGGCCUACCUUUGCAGCCUAAGGCAGAAGGUUUAAUCUGUGUUUGUUUGUCUGUUUUGUUUAAUUGUUUUUGUUUUGAGUCAUACUUUUGUGGGUGUGAUUGGGAGGAGAUGGGGAUUUUAUUAAGUGGGCUGUGUGGGCCUGCCCAAGUGGAUACUGCAAUCUGCACACGCUCUGGCUCUAAGUGAGGUGGUAAUUGCUGGGUCUUAGCAGGGGUCCAGGGCAGGUUAAACGGCACCAUACUGUGUGUCAAUCAGGGUGUCAAACGGCUGGGGUGCUGGGAGGGACUGGUCUGGAGCUAAAUGGAGGAUUGGUGGAGAGAUUUGGGUGGUGGGGGGAGAUUCAUGGAAAGUAGACCCCAGUUUGACAGUCGUGAUUAGGCCCAUCCAGCCGCCAGCACCGGAAAUGUGUUGACAGCAUAAUGUAGCACAAUUGGCCAGAAUAACAUUAGAGGCCCUCAGGUCAACAGCCUGGACAGAGAGCCUGGACACUUUUGUGUUAGAAAGGCUACCUCACAGAAUGGUGCAGGAGAGAUAGGCCUGAGAAAGUUCAAAACGUCAACAGGGCUUAUUUGACGAAAUGGGUUUUGUGUUGUCACCACUGGACAGCCUAUGCUCUGAACAGUUGUAGAAUGUAGAGUAGUCCUAGUUGAAUACAUUUUCAUCUCUCUUGAAUCAGAAAUGACUGCUUUUCCUCCUGCAUCAAUUUAUGGUUUGUAGCUUGAAUGAAGGGCGAUUCUAAUAAACUCAGCAAAAAAAGAAACGUCCCUUUUUCAGGACCCUGUCUUUCAAAGAUAAUUCGUAAAUAUCCAAAUAACUUUACAGAUCUUCAGUGUAAAGGGUUUAAACACUGUUUCCCAUGCUUGUUCAAUGAACCAUAAACAAUUAAUGAACGUGCACCUGUGGAACGGUCGUUAAGACACUAACAGCUUACAGACGGUAGGCAAUUAAGGUCACAGUUAUGAAAACUUAGGACACUAAAGAGGCCUUUCUACUGACUCUGAAAAACACCAAAAGAAAGAUGCCCAGGGUCCCUGCUCAUCUGUGUGAACGUGCCUUAGGCAUGCUGCAAGGAGGCAUGAGGACUGCAGAUGUGGCCAGGGCAAUAAAUUGCAAUGUCCGUACUGUGAGACGCCUCAGACAGCGCUACAGGGAGACAGGACGGACAGCUGAUCGUCCUCGCAGUGGCAGACCACGUGUAACAACACCUGCACAGGAUCGGUACAUCUGAACAUCACACCUGCGGGACAGGUACAGGAUGGCAACAACAACUGCCAGAGUUACACCAGGAACUCACAAUCCCUCCAUCAGUGCUCAGACUGUCCGCAAUAGGCUGAGAGAGGCUGGACUGAGGGCUUGUAGGCCUGUUGUAAGGCAGGUCCUCACCAGACAUCACCGGCAACAACGUCGCCUAUGGGCACAAACCCACCGUUGCUGGACCAGACAGGACUGGCAAAAAGUGCUCUUCACUGACGAGUCGCGGUUUUGUCUCACUAGGGGUGAUGGUCGGAUUCGCGUUUAUCGUCGAAGGAAUGAGCGUUACACUGAGGCCUGUACUCUGGAGCGGGGUCGAUUUGGAGGUGGAGGGUCCGUCAUGGUCUGGGGCGGUGUGUCACAGCAUCAUCGGACUGAGCUUGUCAUUGCAGGCAGUCUCAACGCUGUGCGUUACAGGGAGGACAUCCUCCUCCCUCAUGUGGUAGCCUUCCUGCAGGCUCAUCCUGACAUGACCCUCCAGCAUGACAAUGCCACCAGCCAUACUGCUCGUUCUGUGCGUGAUCUCCUGCAAGACAGGAAUGUCAGUGUUCUGCCAUGGCCAGCGAAGAGCCCGGAUCUCAAUCCCAUUGAGCACGUUUGGGACCUGUUGGAUCGGCGGGUGAGGGCUAGGGCCCUCCCCCCCCCCCCCCCCCCAGAAAUGUCUGGGAACUUGCAGGUGCCUUGAUGGAAGAGUGGGGUAACGUCUCACAGCAAGAACUGGCAAAUCUGGUGCAGUCCAUGAGGAGGAGAUGCACUGCAGUACUUAAUGCAGCUGGUGGCCACACCAGAUACUGACUGUUACUUUUGAUUUUGACCCUCCCUUUGUUCAGGGACACAUUAUUCAAUUUCUGAUAGUCACAUGUCUGUGGAACUUUUUCAGUUUAUGUCUCAGUUGUUGAAUCUGGUUAUGUUCAUACAAAUAUUUACACAUGUUAAGUUUGCUGAAAAUAAACGCAGUUGACCGUGCGAGGACGGUUCUUUUUUUUGCUGAGUUUAUUUCUUUAGGUUUGGACUUCUGCAAUACAAACUAUUUGGUAUCUGUGCGUAGGCUUUGCUUGCACCAGCAACUUUCUACUACCUAACAUCCAAGCAAACAACACUGGAGGGGAAAUGUCAUUACCUCUGUGGAAGUAGACCAAGCUGCUGUUCCUGUUUCUUAUCUCACUAGAUACCAGCAGCCUCACAGCUCCACAGUGGGCUGGAGGAGACGUCCCCUAUGGCAGACUUUUUCAUUAAGCUGACUUCAUCGCUCAAGUCUACCAAGCGAGGACGCGUGUGUGUGUUUCUGUGUGAGACUGAGCGCGACUUGUGUGUGUUUCUCUUUGUGUGCUUUGUGUGUGUGUUUUCUCUGUGUGUGUGUUGAGAAGGAGUCCUGAGGUGUGUGUGUGUUUCUGUCUGCAGGGUCGAGGGUCAGGCUUCCCUGGGAGGAGGCGACCCAGAGGGGCAGGGCUGUCAGGCAGAGGUGGGCGGGGCCGAGCCAGGGGGAAGAACGGAGCCAGUCCCACUGUCAACCCUGGGGUAGGCUAUGUCACCAACACCAACCAACCUGAUCACUUUAGUUCACACUAAUCCAUUACAAUGAACUGGUAGACAAACACUGUUUUAAUGACCUCUUAUCCAUUAGCGUCCUAGGUGUGUAUUGUAAGCAGACCUGAUUAUUUGCUGGCUGUAAAGACUGCAACAUAAAAACACAGUCCUCCCAGUGGGCAUGUUACUCAAUAGCAAAGGGUAUUGACACAGCAUUAGUGUCAGAGCCAAAUGCUAAUCAAUAGUUAUAUCUAGGCAUUGACUUGUGAUGCUGUCAUCUUCACGUGCUGUGAGAUAAUCAAAUGUUAGGACAUGCCCUAUAAUUAAGCCCUAUGGAAAUGUAGGCUAUACCCCUGUAUUAUUGGUAAGAAAUCAGAGGAUAAUUUUUCUCAUACAGGGACUCACAAUCCUCCUCAAUCCAUACUGAGUGUGAAUGUGUGCAUCAUACUUCAUAACAUACAGGUGACCUCCAUGGAGUCACCAUACCAGGUGAAGGAGGAAGAGGAGAAUGCCAUGCAUAACACUGUGGUCAUAUUCUCCAGCAAUGACAGUUUCACAUUGAAACAGGUGGGCAUGUGUAUUCCUACACAAUUUAUACAUUUAUUCAAUGAUUCCCUCUUACCCUGGUACAGUGGAACUUUGAAUCUCUAGUAUGGUGUGUAAACUGUAAACUCCAUUUGUUUCCCUCUCAGGACAUGUGUGUAGUGUGUGGGAGUUUUGGGCUGGGUGCAGAGGGUCGUCUCCUGGCCUGUGCCCAGUGUGGGCAGUGCUACCACCCCUUCUGUGUUGGCAUCAAGGUAAGGCCCCCAUCCUUUACAGUGGCAGAGCCACUCUGAGGUCUUACUGAAGAUUGGACUACAUAAGAAUAGGAAACAUGGGAACCCCAGUUAUGAUUGGGCUUAGGGUUAAUCGUCUACUGAUUUCAAAUCCUUUGAAUUGUGUAGCCUAGAUUUUAACCUGGAUGUGACGGAUUCAAUGUGUGUGAGUGUCAACUGGAUUAAACGGGCCAAGUUAACUCUGUAAUCAGAUGACGCUCGGCUCAAGUUGCUUUUAUCCUUCUGUCUUAAUGCUGCCAAUUACUGCAAACAAAAUUAUUUAGUGUAGCUCAGCGGGACAGCUAUAUAUCAAUGUCCAUUACUAUAGGACUGUUUUACUGAGAUAAGCACACGCAAUUUGGACUUUUGCCAAUAUACUCACACAACACAACACUGAUCCUGUCCUCUCAUCCCAGAUUACCAAGGUGGUGUUGAAUAAAGGCUGGCGCUGUCUGGAGUGUACGGUGUGUGAGGCGUGCGGUCAGGCCACCGACCCGGGCCGUCUGCUGCUGUGUGACGACUGUGACAUCAGCUACCACACCUACUGCCUGGACCCUCCGCUGCAGAACGUACCCAAGGACAGUUGGAAGUGCAAAUGGUGGGUAGCUGACUGCUGCCUCAUCUGUCCAUCCCCUCAACCUCUUCCUAUUAUGAUAACAUGGCUGUGUCCCAAAUGCACCCUAUUCCCUAUAUAGUAUAACAUCAAUAUUUGUAGAUGUAAGUAAAAAGUCAGUUAUUUGCCAACUCCUCACACAAAACAACCUUUCCUUUUUCUCCAUGAAUGAUCUAAUUAUUAUUUCUCAAUGCUCUGUACUUAGUGUACAACCACCUGAAUGUACUACUCAGCUCUUCAUUGACACCUGUCCUCACUCCCUCUCCUGUGCUCUCCUGCAGGUGUGUGUCCUGUACCCAGUGUGGUGCCACCUCGCCAGGCCGGAGGUGUGAGUGGCAGAAUAAUUACACCCAGUGCGCCCCCUGUGCCAGCCUGGCGACGUGCCCCUUCUGUCUCCAGGACUACAGCGAGGACGAGAUUGUGGUGCAGUGCCGCCAAUGCGACAGGUGGGCCCCUGCUCCUCCCCAACCAGUCAAAUAUCUUUAUUAUUAUUAUUAUUAUUAUUUACAUGUUACCAACCAUUUCAUGUGAAGUGCAGUCUGUCACAUCAGAGACUCACAGGCUCUCUAUGGUACCCUUAACCCCAACUCCCUUCUCCCCCUGUCCUUCUAUCGUAACCCUAACCCCCCUUCUCCCCCUGUCCCGCUAUCGUAACCCUAACCCCAACUCCCUUCUCCCCCUGUCCCUCUAUCGUAACCCUAACCCCAACUCCCUUCUCCCCCUGUCCCUCUAUCGUAACCCUAACCCCAACCCCCUUCUCCCCCUGUCCUUCUAUCGUAACCCUAACCCCCCUUCUCCCCCUGUCCCGCUAUCGUAACCCUAACCCCAACUCCCUUCUCCCCCUGUCCUUCUAUCGUAACCCUAACCCCCCUUCUCCCCCUGUCCCGCUAUCGUAACCCUAACCCCAACUCCCUUCUCCCCCUGUCCCUCUAUCGUAACCCUAACCCCAACUCCCUUCUCCCCCUGUCCCGCUAUCGUAACCCUAACCCCAACUCCCUUCUCCCCCUGUCCCUCUAUCGUAACCCUAACCCCAACUCCCUUCUCCCCCUGUCCCACUAUCGUAACCCUAACCCCAACUCCCUUCUCCCCCUGUCCCGCUAUCGUAACCCUAACCCCAACUCCCUUCUCCCCCUGUCCCUCUAUCGUAACCCUAACCCCAACUCCCUUCUCCCCCUGUCCCGCUAUCGUAACCCUAACCCCAACUCCCUUCUCCCCCUGUCCCUCUAUCGUAACCCUAACCCCAACUCCCUUCUCCCCCUGUCCCGCUAUCGUAACCCUAACCCCAACUCCCUUCUCCCCCUGUCCCGCUAUCGUAACCCUAACCCCAACCCCCUUCUCCCCCUGUCCCUCUAUCGUAACCCUAACCCCAACUCCCUUCUCCCCCUGUCCCUCUAUCGUAACCCUAACCCCAACUCCCUUCUCCCCCUGUCCCUCUAUCGUAACCCUAACCCCAACUCCCUUCUCCCCCUGUCCCUCUAUCGUAACCCUAACCCCAACUCCCUUCUCCCCCUGUCCCUCUAUCGUAACCCUAACCCCAACUCCCUUCUCCCCCUGUCCCUCUAUCGUAACCCUAACCCCAACUCCCUUCUCCCCCUGUCCCUCUAUCGUAACCCUAACCCCAACUCCAUUCUCCCCCUGUCCCUCUAUCGUAACCCUAACCCCAACUCCCUUCUCCCCCUGUCCCUCUAUCGUAACCCUCUUCUUUCUCUACCAUAGAUGGAUCCAUGGUUCCUGCCAGGGUCUCCAUUCAGAGGAGGAUGUGGAGAAAGCAGCAGACAGCAGCUUUGACUGCACCAUGUGCCGAGUCCACAAGACCUCCAAGGGUAAGGACUACUGCAUACACUAUAGCCUCUGAAACCUUGCUACUGUAUCUGAGCCUCGCAGGCUGCAGCCAAUUAAUCAUUGGCUUUUGUGUCCUCCUUUACUGCAUCAACAGCACUAGUGUCCAAGGCCAGUGAGCCGGCAGUUAUGACGCAGUUUGUCACAAAGGCUAAAGAAAUGGGUAAGAAGAACAUACGUCUGUCUGCCUUUUGUAUUUUGAGAUAUUUCUUCUAGAUAUUGUCGAUUGAGAGAUAUCUUCAUCUCCGAGUGGCCUUUUAGCUCUUCAACUUAAAGGAAAACUCCACCCAAAAACUCCACCCAAAAACUUUGGUAUUUGUUUCAUUAGUCCAUUGUUGACAUAGUCCCAAAAUGUUUUGCUUGUCAGCAUUCAAGUUUUCAAGAUAUGCAACUUUCAAAAUACAGAAAUCAUCCCCGUAUGAUGCAAACGCAGCAUCAUAUGAUGCACCAUACUGGGAUGAUUUCUGUAUUUUGAAAGUUGCAUAUCUUGAAAACUUUAAUGCUGACAAGCAAAACAUUUUGGGACUAUGUCAACAAUGGACUAAUGAAACAAAUACCAAAAGACAGCUUUUGGGUGGAUUUGAACACCUAAUUUCAAUCAACUUGGACAAUCCAGUACAUUCACUCAUUCCAGUUCAUCUAGGGCCAUCAUACAGUACCAUAACCUUGUGAGUUGUGUGUGUGUGUGCUUGUGUCUGUGUGUCUUUCAGACUUGGUGAGGACGUACACUCAGGACGGCGUGUGUCUGACGGAGUCGGGCCUGUGUCAGCUCCAGAGCCUGUCGGCCCCUGCGUCGCGGCGUAGGAAACCCAAGCCCAAGCUGAAGCUGAAGAUCAUCAACCAGAACAGUGUAGCAGUGCUGCAGGCCCCCCUGGACCUGCUGUCAGAACACUCCCGGGACGAGGACAUGGAGGACCACAGAGGUGCCUGACUUUAUAGAUUUUUUUCACAAUAGUUUAAUGGAUCUUACCCCCAGCUCAGUAUACAGUAAAAAACUAUAAAUUAGGCACUUUUACAAAACAUAUGCAGUUUAGACAUUGUCAUAGAUUGUCUUGAGAAUGUAAACAGAGGUGCCUGACUUUAAAUACAACAAGCUUGUCAGAAAACACUAUGAACCAGUUUCCUGUACACAGAUUAACACUAGUCCUGGACUAAGAAGCACCUUUCCUCUGAAACGGCAAUAGUCUUUCACAUUCUCAAAUUCCUACGACUCUUGACAGCAGAUGGAUAGGUGGUGGGGUAGAGUUUGGGGUGAACUUAAUUAUGAGGUAAAUUCCCUCAUAAUGGGAUUGACCCUGGGUGCUGUAGCUUGGGGGCAGGGGGGUCUGUUGGUCCAGUCUGCAGACUGCUGGGUAGUGCCCCUUGGCUGUCUGCUCAUCACCUCUCUCUCUCUCUCUCUCUCUCUCUCUCUCUCUCUCACUCACUCACAGAGACGGACCUCUCUCUGGACUGCGAGGGGAAGUCUGACUCGAGCCCGGAGCGAGAGCCAGCAGAAGACAAGUCCAAGGGGGCCGACGACAGCAAGAAGAGGAAGAGGAAGCCGUACCGGCCGGGUAGGGCACCUGAUUGGAGGAGACAGCUCCUCUGGAGCGUGAAAUGGUGCUGCACAGCCAGCCAUGCUCAGGGAUGACAAGACAAGGCCUUGGAAGCAAAGAAAGAAAGAGGGCUCAUUCUAGGGAUUAUAAAUUGUGAUUUCUGUAGUCUAGAUUAAAGAUGUUUCCCUCUCUAGUGAAAAGCAUUGAGACAAGCUUUAUUGAAACACCAAGAAAAAGACCCACGUGUUCGUUGUACUCCCAACACCAAAUUCCAAAUUAAACAGAUCAGUAGCAUUCUAAUGAAAUAGAAUUGUAUGACAAUUUGGAUAUUUUACUUGCUAGGAACCAGCAAUCUAAUUUCCCCCAAUUUGUCUGUAAGCUUUCACUGGAACAGUUGAAGAGUUUUGAGUGAUUGUAUUGGUUCAUUGUUGAAUAUCUCUUUCUCAGGCAUCGGUGGCUUCAUGGUGCGCCAGCGGAGCCGUCCAGGUCAGGGCCUAGGCAAGGCCAAACGAUCCCUGAGCAGGAAGGAUUCCUCCGGCUCUGUUUCUGAACCCCCCACAGGAAAGGAGGAGGGUCAGUUCUCACACAACUCAUCUACCCAAGUCCAAUGCAUCUUCAAUUGCUUUUGCCUGAAUAUCCUAUUUCUACCUCUGUUGUACAAAGAUAUAAAUUACUCGUUUUAAUUGUUGGUGCUAGUGAUUUUAGUUUUCUUGUAGAAUACAUAAACCUAAUAAACAGAUUCUGUAUUUUGAAGGACAAGAUUCUGAACCAAAUGUUCUGCCCCUACUGCAGGCUGGGGAGAGGUGCUGCCUGACACCCCUUUGGAUGAGACUCCCCCUGGGCUGGAGGUACCAGAGAAGAUCAAGAAACGCUACAGGAAGAAGAAAACCAAGCUAGAGGAGGCCUUUCCCACCUACCUGCAGGUCAGUCCCACAUCUAUAUUAUGACUCUGACAUUUGUCUCAGGGUUUAUGUGAUUUGGAAGAUGUCUUGUUGUCGUUAGAACUGAGGGAAUAUGUGCAGCCAUGAUUUCCUGGCAAAAUUGUAACGUUACAAUCACGCAACACCACCAUUUGGUAGGCACAGUGUUUGGACUAGAGGCUGUCUUGCUGCAAAAAACAUAUUUACAUUUACAUCAUUUAGCAGACGCUCUUAUCCAGAGCGACUUACAAAUUGGUGCAUUCAACUUAUGAUAGCCAGUGGGACAACCACUUUUUUUUUUAUGGGGGGGAGGGGUAAGAAUUAUUACUUUAUGCUAUUCCAGGUAUUCCUUAAAGAGGUAGGGUUUCAAGUGUCUCCGGAAGGUGGUCAGUGACUCCGCUGUCCUGGCGUCGUGGGGGAGCUUGUUCCACCAUUGGGGUGCCAGAGCAGCAAAUAGCUUUGACUGGGCUGAGCGGGAACUGUGCUUCCGUAGAGGUAUGGGAGCUAGCAGGCCAGAGGUGGAUGAACGUAGUGCCCUCGUUUGGGUGUAGGAUCUGAUCAGAGCCUGAAGGUAAGGAGGUGCCGUUCCCCUCACAGCUCCGUAGACAAGCACCAUGGUCUUGUAGUAGAUGCGAGCCUCAACUGGAAGCCAGUGGAGUGUGCGGAGGAGCGGGGUGACAUGAGAGAACUUGGGAAGGUUGAACACCAGAUGGGCUGCAGCGUUCUGGAUAAGUUGUAGGGGUUUAAUGGCACAGGCAGGGAGCCCAGCCAACAGUGAGUUGCAGUAAUCCAGAAGGGAGAUGACAAGUGCCUGGAUUAGGACCUGUGCCACUUCCUGUGUAAGGCAGGGUCGUACUCUGCGAAUGUUGUAGAGCAUGAACCUGCAGGAUUGGGUCACUGCUUUGAUGUUAGCGGAGAACGACAGGGUGUUGUCCAGGGUCACGCCAAGGUUCUUUGCACUCUGGGAGGAGGACACAAUGGAGUUGUCAACCGUGAUGGCGAGAUCAUGGAGCGGGCAGUCCUUCCCCGGGAGGAAGAGCAGCUCCGUCUUGCCGAGGUUCAGCUUGAGGUGGUGAUCCAACAUCCACAGUGAUAUGUCUGCCAGACAUGCAGAGAUGCGGUUCAGAAGAAGAAAAUAUAUUGUGUGUCGUCUGCGUAGCAAUGAUAGGAGAGACCAUGUGAGGAUAUGACGGAGCCAAGUGACUUGGUGUAUAGAGAGAAUAGGAGAGGGCCUAGAACUGAGCCCUGGGGGACACCAGUGGUGAGAGCACGUGGUGCGGAGACAGAUUCUCGCCAUGCCACCUGGUAGGAGCGACCUGUCAGGUAAGACGCAAUCCAAGAGUGAGCAGCGCCGGAGAUGCCCAACUCGGAGAGGAGGAUCUGAUGGUUCACAGUAUCAAAGGCAGCGGAUAGGUCUAGAGGAUAAGAGCAGAGGAGAGAGAGUUAGCUUUAGCAGUGCGGAGAGCCUCCGUGACACAGAGAAGAGCAGUCUCAGUUUAAUGACCAGUCUUGAAACCUGACUGGUUUGGAUCAAGAAGGUCAUUCUGAGAGAGAUAUCAGGAGAGUUGGCUAGAGACGGCACGCUCAAGAGUUUUGGAGAGAAAAGAAAGAAGGGAUACUGGUCUGUAGUUGUUGACAUCGGAGGGAUCGAGUGUAGGUUUUUUGAGAAGGGGCCUGCCAAUCUAAAUGUCAACCACUUUCUGUGUUUACAAAUUGAGGCAACCAUUAUACCGAACAUCAUGUUACAUUUACAUUUACAUUCGGCUUAAGAUAGCUAGGUGUGAGACAACAUAUCACAAAUGUAUCAAGUACAUUUUCCCUGAAGUAAUAAUCAGCAAAGUCAGUGCUAGUAGGAAAGGUAAGUGCCAUUUUUUUGGGAGUGGGGGUGGUUGGGGAGGGAAGGAGUUGGGGGCGCCACGAGUUCCUCUAUCUCUCUCUCCCUCCCUCUAUCUCUCUCUCCCUCCCUCUAUCUCUCUCUCCCUCCCUCCCUCACUAUUUAUCUCUCUCUCCCUCCCUUUCUCUCUCGUCUCAAACCCUGAGCUCGAUGUCACCUUGUGUUGGCCCGAAACAGAUGAGGUGCAUUAAGCCAUGGGCAUCUGUCACUGCUGGUCUGUGCUCCACAGCAGGAGGGCCAGGCCCAGAGACCAAGUAAAACCUAAAGGGUCCCGACACCCAACACAGAGGAGCACAUUGGAUUAAUUAUUGAAAUGGUUAGCUAGGCUUUUAAUGUCCCAGCACAGUGGUUCGGCUGCAACAGUCACGUGUCCAUCCGCUGGAGAGAUAAGACAUUGCUGAUGGGGAGAUAGCGACGUGGAUCCAUCUACACUGGUAGAGAGCGAGAGAAAGAGUCCACUGACACUAGUCGUGGCAAUAACAGCAAAAGUGUUUGCCUCAAUGCGUCUCCUUGUUAACUCUGUUCUACAUAGCAUAUAAUUUUUAAAAAGAUAUAAAAACAGUGCCGUGAAGGGAUGGAUCAUGUUUCUGUGACUCUUGAUAAAAGGUGGGAGAUAAUAAAGAUUGACAGUUAUCCUGAAGUAUGGUGGGUCUAUGGAGAAUUUACCCAUGUUGUGUUGCCUAGGAGGCGUUCUUCGGUAAGGACCUGCUGGAUAAGAGCAAGCAGAGCAGGCAGCAGGCGGUGGAGUCUGGCGUAAUGGAGGAGGGCCAAGCAAGGGCCGGUGCCGGGCCCCAGAGGGACAGGAAGCACCCCACCACCAGCUUCCUGGACCCCUCCUCAGACCCCCUGCUCAGUGCAGCCUCGGCCACGUCCAGACCUGCCGGACCACCAGGACCCCGUAUGUACUACACAGAUACACAUAGAGGCACAGACACUCACAUACACACAUGCUCACACACACACACACACACAUGCUCGCACGCUCACACACCACACUCUUGUCCAUUGAUCCAUGCUGUGGUUCCUGACUGUCUUCUCAUCCACAGAGCCCUCUGAAGAACCUCUAGUGGAUCUGUCUGAGGUUCUCAACACGGAUUCAGACCUCCUGGGAAUACAGACGGGUGACUCUGGUAUGUCACUGAUCUCUGAGGCUGUCCUAGUGGGAAGAGUUUACUGCCAGCCUGGGAUGUCUUGCUGUCUGUCUUUUCAAAAUGUCACAUUUAUUCAGUUUCAUGUCACAUACUUUUCAUAAUUAUUUUGUACAUCUUGAGUUUUGUUUGAUCUUUAUUUGACUUGUUUCAAGUGUGUUUUAUGCAUUUCUUUCCAGUUUGGUUUGCCUGCUCUGUCUCCACUAUUCUGUUUUAUUCACUCAUUUUGUGUAUUGAUUUGGGUUCUGUUCCUGUAGGUCUUGAUUUUUGCCAUUUCCAGGUUGACACCUCACCACCUCCUUUUGGUAAGGGCUCCAUAGUCUUAGUAGCAAUAGUACAUUCACAUUCAUUUACCGUGUGUGUGUGGCAAGCUUUUUAUUUAGGUUGACUUCAUCGCUCAAGUCAAGGAAGUGAGGAUCUGUGUGUGAGUGUAUGCGUCCGCACAUUGGGGUGUGAGAGUGCUUCUUUGUGCUCAUCUUUACAUGCAUGCUCUCAUGUGGUCAAUAAUAGCCUCUCACAUAUGAAAGGUGUUCCCAUCCUUUGUUUGGUUUUUGGUUCAGUUUGUGACAUUCAAGGCAAACCGACCUUAGAAAACGUGAGUGAUUCAGUUUCUCACUGAAACAAUCGGUCAAACUCAGAAAAUGUAUGCACUCACUAACUGUAAGUCGCUCUGGAUGAGAGCUUCUGCUAAAAUGACUAAAAAAACUAACAAAACAUUUUUUUUUUAGAGGCAAAUGAUUUAGAGAGAAUGAGAGGCCUUGGUGAGUGGCCUUCAAUAUAGUGAUGACAGCGAAGGUCAGUCUCUCUCGGCCCUGCUCUGUGAUUGGUGAAGAAUGGCUUAGCAGCUCCACUGAGGCCAAUAUGCUUCCUUGGUUAAUUCUCAGUAAAUACUACUUAAUGUAACUUAAAAUGCACUCAGUAUUUAUUUGAUUAAAGAAAAAGUAUCGGUAGCUCAGUUUGCAGCAGUCAUCCUGACGUUGAUAGAUAGAAGGAUGAUUGUCAUGUGUUUUGAGAGGAUAGUAGAGAUUGUGAUGAGAUUUAGAGAUGAAACUCAAAGGAUAGCCUUCAUGAGUAAUUCUGCUAAGCUUGCACCGUUGCUUAUCAUCUUUAUUUAAUUUCCACACAAUGCAGAUAUUCCCCUUUUUAUUUUAUUCAAAUGAGAUUCAAAGCUUAUUAGCUAGGUAAAGUUCUAAUAAAAAUUGCUGAAGGUUACAUGUUUUAAUCUAUAUUAUAUAGAGAAUAAACACUAUCACAGAUUGAUUGCAUCAAGCUUUGAAGUCAGCGUACCAUGCUUGGUUGUUGGUGUGUAUCUUUGCUAACGUGUGUGUUUUUUUCAAUGUGUGUCUGUGUGUGUACAUCUGUGUGUGUUUCCUCAGCUGGUCUGGACAUUGGGCCCCUGACAGACAGCUCCCCAGCACACCCCCAGUCUCAUUCUGGUCGGAGGACAGAUGAACAUCUGGACGAGAUCCUCAGCCCAGAGCUGGAGAUGGCUGAUGGUCAGUACGAGACCUGGUGGUCAACACACAUCUGUUUUUCAGAACCUACAUCGACACUUCACUUCUUGGUAUAGCUCUGAUUUACUGAGUAUGCAUUUACUGAGGUAAAUAAUAUAUUUCUCUUCUGGUUUUAGAAUCGAUUCUCAGCAAACUCUACAAAAUACCAGGUUGGUUAUUAGUAAUUACACUUUUUGUAAUCAUGCUAUCCGUUCCCCUCCUUCAGAGAACCAGGGUUAUACAUAACCGAACAUUAGUAUUAUCUGUCUCUAUCAGUUUUAACUGUGUUGUCUCUGUUGUUGCCCCCCAUAGAGCUAGAGGGGAAGGACGUGGAGGACCUGUUCACUGCCGUCCUGAGCCCCAGCACCAGCCAUCCACCACAGAUGCCUCACCCCCACGGCCCACCUGGAGCCAGCCUGACACACCCUCACGCAGGUAUGAUACCUAUGUUGAUCCUGUAGUAGUUACUGGCAGUUGUUCGCUCUUCUCUGAAUAUUUUAUCAGACCUAUGUGACCAGCUGAGUCUUCAGUGUACCACAAGACAGCCCACUGAGAUAAAGCCUAGGCAUUAGCUCUGGGAGCCAAUGCAAGUCUUCAGGUCUCAGGUGAGGUUGCUUGUCACGUGAGCAUGGUUUGUCCAAAGUAAUGCAUUGAUAUAAUCAUGUGUUUUUCCAUACAGGGAAUGCCAUGUUUCCACGGAUGCCAAUGAUAAACGGGCUGAUGGGACCUAACCAACGAUUCCCUCUGAAUCCGUCCCAUCCCGGAGCAGAACCAUGUAUCCCAGACAACUUCUCCCCCCUCCACCGCAUGCCUUUCACUGACAAUCCAAGGUACUAACUGCAACUCUUACCUUGCUGUGGAAAGCACUCUCUCUAUCCACAUAAUGAUCUGACAAACUGUAAUGAACGCUAUGUCAUACAUGCCUGAUAGUAUUUGAAUGUAUCUGCAUAACAUUUACAUUUUAAUCAUUUAGCAGACGCUCUUAUUCAGAGCGACAAACAGUUAGUGCAUUCAUUUUAAGAUAGCUAGGUGGGACAACCACAUAUCUCAGUCAUAGUAAGUACAUUUUUCCUCAAUAAAGUAGCUAUCAGUAAAGUCAGAGCUAUUGGGGGGGAGUCAAGUGCGAGCAUAACUACACGAUUCAACCACAUCAAAUUGCAAACAUUGCUAGUUACUGGAGGAAGCUUGUGGUCUACCAAACGAUGAUAAUGAUGACUACAUGUUUUCGUAUAUUGCUCAAAUCCGUGUUCUUUUGUCCUUCCUACAGGGACAGGAAGUUUAAUCAGAUGGCCAGAGAGGCAGUGGGUCCGUGGCAGGGGGGUCCUGGUCCUGUCCACAGUGGCCCAGGCCCCACCCCUCCUCCUGGGGCUGAGGGGGGCGAGGCGGAGGCCAUGUCCAACGCCCAGAGGAGCACACUGAAGUGGGAGAAGGAGGAGACUCUGGGGGAGCUAGCCACUGUGGCCCCUGUCCUCUACACCAAUGUCAACUUCCCCAGCCUCAAGGAUGAGUUCCCAGGUGUGUCCCCCAGUCACACCUCUGUGCAGUCCAGCCAUUACCAUGACUUAAUUUACAAUUUAAGAUUAUAUCAGAUGUCCUUCUUGAGCUGCAGCAUGUUGUUGGUCUAAUAUAAAAUCAAUCUUGUCACUUUAGACUGGUCUACAAGAGUCAAACAGAUUGCAAAGCUGUGGAGGAAAGCAAGUUCGCAAGACAGGGCCCCAUAUGUGGUAAGAUGCAUUUCAUUCUGCUUAGAUUACAUUGUCCCCAGUAGACAUGCAUUGGAAAUGUGAGAAUCCCAAAUAAUUUAGUUUGAUCUUGUAUUUUUUUUACGAGUCAGACUAAAAGUGUUAAAUAAUUUCCGUUGCCAGUGCUAUUUCAAAUCCAGCCAUUCACAGAUGAACCAAUUAACAGAAGAACCACAGUUCUCAGUGUUAACCUCACACGGAACCUGUAAUUACGUUCAUGAGAAGUAAUUUUAUCUGGCAGAGGCCAUGUUUUAAGGACCUGCACUUAAUAAAACAUCUACUGAAAGAAAACUUGUAAUAGUCUCCAAAGGUUUCCAUGGCACCAACUGCAAUUAUUUAUUCUGUGUGUGUCCGCACGUGUGUGUGUGUCUGCGACUGAUUUUGCUCUGCAGCAAAAGGCGAGGGACAACCGGGCUGCUCUGCGCAUCAACAAGGUCCAGAUGUCCAACGAGAGUCUGAAGAGGCAGCAGUCGCAGCAGCUUCCGCUGUCCCAGCAGCCCCCCGCCUCACUGCAACUCCCCGACGAGGUGUUUGACCCCAACAUACCUCUAGACACAGACUUGCUCUUUAAGGACCCUUUGAAACCCAAAGAGUCAGAGCAUGAGCAAGAGUGGAAGUUUAGACAGGUAAGGUUGUAUUCAGAGAGGUGAGGUAGUUGCGUGUGCAGGCAGGUUAGUAUGCUAGUGUGUGUGAGAUGCAACUAGUUGAGAUGCAGUUUAGGAAGCCCCCCCCAAAAAAAAUAAAAAAUAAACAGUAGUUAAAUAGACCUUUUUGGUCUUUUGGGAUUUAGGGUGCUAAGCAAACAUGCAUUGCUUGUUCAGGUACUAUUUGAAAGACUAAACAUGUUUUGCCUUUUCAUCCUGUUCCUACAACAGCAAAUGAGACAGAAAAGCAGGCAGCAAGCCAAGAUCGAAGCCACCCAGAAGCUGGAGCAGGUGAAGAACGAGCAGCUGCAGCAGCAGCAACAGCAGUCAGGCAGCCAGUCGGAGGGAGACGGUAACAACAGCGGCAACCAGAGCCCUUCCUCCCAGCACGGCAGCAACGGCAGCAUGUCCCCUAUGCAGCACAGCACCGGGGGGAAAGAGGGGUUCAUCCGACGUCAACUCUCAGGGACGCCCACCUCGGGGCCCCCUGAAGACGUGUUCCUGCGGCCUCCUCCUCCCCCUCCCUCAGGGGGGUCCUCUCAGCCCCAGUCGCCCCAGGUGUUCUCCCCUGGCUCAUCCGGCUCCAGACCCUCCUCUCCCUGGGACCCCUACGCCAAGAUGGUGGGGACCCCCAGGCCUCCAACUCUGGGGCCCAGCGCAUGUCGCAGGAUGUCCAUGGAGUCUGGCAAGUCUCCCACCUCUCUGAUGGAGCAACAGGACAGAGGGAGGCUCACGUCUCCGGCUCACGAGGCUUUCGGCUCCCCCACGUCUAUGAGUAGGGAGAUGGAUCCCUAUGCCAAGCCCCCUGACACCCCCAGGCCUGUUGCUGGGGACAUUGACCCCUUCCUGAAGCCUAUGUGCCCACCCAGAGUCAACCAGGGUCCCCAGGGAAGACCCCUGAUGGGCUCUCCAGUGCGGGGAGACCCUUACUCUAGACCCAUGAUCCGCCAAGAGGCCUACCAACGGAUGGCUCAGAACAGGAUGAUCCUGUCAGACCCUUACUCCAGACCUCUGUUAGCUCCCAUCCCGGGGAGCAACGAGCAGGGCUCAGUCCCUCAGUCUUUGUUCAAGACCCCCAUGCCUCCACCCCAGGCCCAGGACCCCUUCAACAGACCAAUGCCUCAUCCCUCAGACCGGUUCUCUCAGCAGGGAGACCCCUACGCUCAGGCCCCUCUGACCCCACGACCUCAUGAUAGCUUCACCAGUCCACCGAGGAUGGCCCAGCACCAUACCCAGGGCCACCCCUUAACCCAGCCCGGCCCAUUGGCACCGUUACCCAACCGAAACCCUUAUGCCCAUGCUCCCUCUACUCCAAGGCCUGACCACUUCACAUAUGACCCCUUUGCCCAACCCCCAGGACCCUCAUCAGACCCCUAUGCUCAGAUGCCAGGUACCCCUAGACCUAUGAAUGACCUUAUCAACCAACUUCCUAGAAACAAACCAUUCUUUGAGUCCGGCUACGCUCGACCUCCAGGCACUCCUCGUCCAAACGACAACUACAGCCAGUCCUCUGACCCUUAUUCCCAGCAGCACAACACUCCUCGCCCUGGUAUGAACCAGUUCCACCACCCUCACCCACACCCCCAGCCCCCCGGUCAGAGGAUGUCCCCCGGGCACUCCAUGGACCCCUACACACAGCAACCUGGUACCCCUCGGCCCCACAGGUUCUCAAAGUCCCCAGGCAGCCAAAGACUAGCCCCCAUGGAUCCCUACGCUAGUCAACCUGGAACACCCAGGCCUUUGAGCGAUGACAUGUUCUCCCAGACCCCCAGGCCCAUGCUGAAUGACCCGUAUGCCCAGGCUCCAAGCACCCCGCAUCCAGGGAUGGGGUCUGACAGGCUGGGCAGGCUGCAGGGGCAGAGGCCUGGUCCCAUGGGGAACCAGGAUCCCUUCUCCCCGCCUCAAAGCGUUAGGCUCCAAGAUGCUCCAUUUCCACACCCUGGGUCACAUACACCAAAGCAUAACAGUGGGAUGGUCGAUGAUGGAUUCUCUCCGUCGCCAUCCAGACGGCCCAACCAGACGCCUAUCCAUGAUCCUUACGAGCAGGCGCCCAUGACCCCACGUCCACAGCCAGCAGAGAGACCAGAGAUGAAGGAGCAGCAAGGCCAGGACCCUGGAGGACAUCUGCAAAACCCCUCCCAGAUGCCUGGAACCCCCUCUGAGGUUCAGAGUGUUUCUCUGGCCGACAGUGAGGAGAGACUCAAACAGGUAGGAGGACUGACGCUGUUUAAACUGCUCUUAUCUUCAUUUAAAGUGUUAUCUUUCAGAUAAAUUUAAACUGUUUCAGUAUUCAAGUAAAUUAACAUUUUUAUCCCUUGGAAAGCUUGAAGCCACGGUGAUUAAUAGCUAAUACAUUUCUAUAACUUUUUUUCAGUCAAAUAUUCAGUAGAGUUCAGACAUGAAACAUUCAUUUUCUAGUUGGAGGUCUGACAGCUCGUGUUGUUUUAUUUAGCGUCAACGCAUCCGAGAGCUGAUCCUGAAGCAGCAGCAGCAGAGGAGUGCCAUCCGCCAGGAGAACGCUGGUAUCAUGGCCCCUGGCCCUGGGACACCUCGACCCUGGCCGCAUGAGGGCCACGGACAACAGGGCGAGAUGUUCAGCCGGCCCCCUCCACCCUACCCUGGGCCGGCCCCCAUGAGCGGACCAAUGAGGUUCCCUGGACCUGGACCCUUCCCAGGGGACCAGCUAGGCCCUUUCCCUAAUGAGGGCCAGUUCCCCAGAGGACAGUACCUGGGUGAUCCUAAUAUCAGACAUCAGGGGCCAAGGUUUGUAACUGGAAUUACUGUCCUUACAGACUUACUAAAUAAGACUUUAUCUUUUGUAUGACUCAUGAAUUUCUUAGUCUACGAAAAAACAGAGUCACUCUAGAUUGAAUGUGUCGGAGGAAACUCGUCACUGGAAUAUGUAUUGAAAUGUUUAUUUUUUCUUCUUUCGAUUGCUCAGGUUUGGAUUUCCACCUGGUGGGCCGGGACCUCAUGGAGGCCAGGAGUUCUUCCCCAGAGGCCCUCACCCCAUGCAGGACGUCCACCAGGGGAUGAGACGCUCCAUGACUGUAGACAUGGCCAAGUCCAUGGGGGGCAACCCUAACAACCCUAUGGGGCUACCCCAGCAUUUCCCUCCUAGCGGUGUGCCAAUGCAACAGCACAACAUCAUGGGCCAGCCUUUCAUUGAGCUGAGACACAGAGCCCCUGACAGCAGGCUUCGUCUCCCUUUCGGGUCCUCUGCUAUGCAAGGGAACAACAUGGAUCCCAACCUCCAGCCCCAGAGGCCUCCUAGUUUCAUGGGAGGGCCUGAAUUCCGGUUCCCUCCAAACCAAGGCCCCAGGAUGAUGAUGGAUUCAAUUGGGGACCAGCAGAUAAGCCAAGGCCAGCUGUCAUCCAGCAUGGAGAACCUCCACCAGCAUCAGCAGGCCCAGAUGCAAGGGGGAGCCAUGCCCAGGCAAGUCCAGCUGAUGAGGUCCAUGAGCCAGCCUGCUUCGAACGAGACCCAGGGUAUAUCAGCUCCUUCCAUGAUGAUGCCUCGGCCUUCUGCUGGGAAGAGUGAUGGUCAGGGAGGAGUCUCCAUGGCUAACAACAACGACGGAGUGGAGGACAAACUGGACACGGUCGAAUCGGCCGUCAAAGACCUGGAAGACGUUGAGGUGAAAGACCUAGUCGAUGCCGAUCUGGACAACCUAAACCUGGAUCCGGAAGAAGACGGCAAAGACCUGGACCUAGAGACCAAUGACCUGCACCUGGAUGACUUCCUGACGUCGGGGAAGUUCGACAUCAUCGCGUACACGGACCCCGACCUGGACGACGUCAAGAAGGACAUGUUCAACGAGGAGCUGGACCUUAGUGACCCCAUGGAAGACCACAGCGACACCUCUGACUUCCAGAAGGCCUUGUCUGAGAAGAGGAGCUCUAGCUGUGGUGGUGCUGCAUCUUCCUUCUCCAAUUUGACAUCUGGAAUGGGGAAGUCAGAGGGAACGGCCGAGAAGUCUUUCUCGUCAGCUGAUGUGAAACAGGAAGUGAGCUGCAGCCAGAGCGCUGCCUCCUCCCUGCCUUUGGAGCAGAAGAUCAAAAUGGAGGACAAAGACAAUCUGUCUCAGACGUCCAAUGAGAGGACAGAGCAACAAGUAGACGGAAACACUAACAACCAAUCAGGAGUGCUCUCUGACUCCACGCCAGUGCUCUCUAGCUUAUUAAUCAAGCAGCAACCAGAGGCCUCCACCUGUGACAAUCAAGGCAGUGGUAACUCUAUGACACAGCCAAACCAAGACACUCAGAAUAACUCUGGACUUAGUAUGGGAUCUCAAACCAUGGAUCUCACUAACAGGGGAGAAGAAGAAGAAGCAUCCAUGUCUACCUUUGAGAUGGACCAGAGUGGGUUGACCCCGGCUCAGCAGGCCCUGUUGGCCCAGACAUUGGGCCAGGCGGGGCCAGGGGGGUACAGACCCCUGCUGCUGGAGGAGCAGCCCCUCCUCCUACAGGACCUGCUGGACCAGGAGAGGCAGGAGCAGCAGCAGCAGAGGCAGAUGCAGGCCAUGAUCAGACAACGCUCCUCUAGUGACUCCUUUUUUCCCAACAUCGGUAACUAGACAUUUUUCGUUUAGGCUAAAUGCUUUAUGCCAAUUUUGUAUGAGUAGUAAACCGUAUAAAUGUAAGUGAUAUGCGUAGAGGAAUUUGUGUCUUUUGUAAUGGGCAAGUUGCUGACCGCACAUCUUUUUUUUGUCUGCAGAUUUUGACGCCAUCACUGACCCUAUUAUGAAAGCAAAGAUGGUUGCUCUGAAAGGCAUCAACAAAGUCAUGGUUCAAAACAACAUGGGAAUGACACCGGUUGUCAUGAACAGGUUCCAACCUGGUCCUGCGGCACCAUGUCCUGAAAGCACCCCUGUUCCUCCACAGACCGUUGGACAGGUAACUGAAACACUUAACCAAGUCAGCUCUCUUAAGUCAUCUUUCAUACACAAAGCAUGCUAGGUAAACACUAAUUGUAACAACAAUUUAUUGUUUGUCAAUUUCAAAACCAGGAUGGCAAGCUGACAUCCUCGGUGACAAGGCCCAAUCCUCCCAAUUUUGGACCAGGUUUUGACAGUAAGUUCAACUCUGUUAACAUUCACAAUCGUCAGUAAAUGUAUAUUUUUGAUUUAUGAGCAAUAGUUCAAUAAUGGUAUAAAUCUGUAAAAGAAAAAAUUCAGUCUCCCCCUCAGAUAUUUUUGGCUUUAUCAGGCUUAGCCCAAAAGGCUUUUGUAAUAGAUAUUUUGAUGUACAUAAGUACUAUGAAAACUCACUGUCUCUUAUCUCCCCCUCAGACAAUGCUCAGAAGGCUCAGUAUGAGGAGUGGCUUCAGGAGACCCAGCAGCUGCUCCAGAUGCAGCAGAAGUUUCUGGAGGAAAAGAUCGGAGCCCACAGGAAGUCCAAGAAGGCCCUGUGUGCCAAGCAGAGGACGACCAAGAAGGCUGGGAGGGAGUUCCCAGAGGAGGACGCGGAGCAGCUCAAACACGUGACAGAGGAGCAGGGUAUGGUGCAGAAACAGCUGGAGCAGGUACAUAAUGUUGAUGAGGACACUUUCAUUCUUUCUUUCACUUUCUUCAUCAGUACUAUACCCCUGUCUUACCCUCACACUAGACUAUGCCCUCAAUUCAACCCUCAAACUGCCCUUGCUUGGAACUAAGUUUUGAGACCCAAACCAAAAUGUAUACUUUUUUUCCUUCAGUUGUUCAGACAUCCUUUCAAGGCUUCUUGUAAUUGUCAUAAUUAUGCAUUGAAUUAAGUCAGUAAAAAUGUUGAAUUGUUAUUGUCGGUCUUGGCAGCUGUUUGUCCAUGUUCUUAGGUAAUAUAUCGUUUUGGUUCUUGUCCUUUCAGAUCCGGAAGCAGCAGAAAGAGCACGCUGACCUGAUCGAGGAGUAUCGAGUGAAGCAGCAGCAGCAGGGUGGCAGUAGCAUGCCUCCCACUGUGAUGCCAGCAGCAGUGCCAGGGAUGCCACCAAUACAAGGCGGCCCUGCCGGCAUGGUACCAAGCGGGCCUCCAAUGAACCACCCACCUAUGAACCCCAUGGUGCAGCAGGUGCCAAUCCAUACAGGCCAGCCAAACGCCCCUCCACAACAAAUGCCCAUGCCCAACGCACCAGCAGGCUGGCAUCCUGGCACUCCCAUGCCCAUGGGAGGACCCAAUAUGCCCCUUCAGGUUCCCUUGGGGAACCCAGCUCAGCAGCCUCAGCUGCCCAUGGGCAACCUACCUCAACAGCCCCCACAGAUGCCUCCCCAAAUGCCCCAUCAGAUGCCUCCCCAAAUGCCCCAGCAAGUGCCCAUGGAAAACCAGCCUCAACCCGGCGGGGUCAAACCCCCACAGGGCUCCGGUUUGAAGUUUGACGACAACAACCCGUUCAGUGAGGGCUUCCAGGAGAGAGAGCGACGGGAGAGGCUGAGAGAGCAGCAGGAGAGGCAGAGGGUCCAGCUAAUGCAGGAAGUAGAACGCCAGCGAGCCCUAAAACAACGCAUGGAGAUGGAACAGCAAGGCAUGCUGGGGCCCGACGGGGGGAACAUGGUGCCCUUCUCUCAGAUGCCAUUCUUCAAUGCUGAGCUGCCCCAGGACUUCAUGCAGCCACAGAGGCCACAACUACCACAACUGCAGCAGCAGUUAGGACCGAUGUUCCCCCUGCAGCAGUCCAUGCAGCCAGGGAUGGGCUCUCCUCCUGGGGUCUUCAUGCAAGGCGGAGACCGGAGGGCCGUAAUUGGUAACGGGAUGAUUCUUCAGGACAUGGGACCUGGCUUUGGACCUGAUAACAUGGUACUACAGGGUAACUUUGCCCAGGGUCCACCCAGACCCCGGAGGUUCAGCGGCCCAGGCAUGAUGCCACAGAUUCCCGGGGAAGGCCCUCCAUUUGGGGGCGGCAACUCCACCACGCCCCUGCCUUCCAACUUCCCCGGCUCGGGUCACUCUCUGAUCCAGCUCUACUCCAACAUCAUCCCUGAUGAGAAUGGCAAGAAGAAGAGGAACAGGAAGAAGAAGACCGACAACGACGACGCAGAUUCCGUGAAAACGCCGUCCACGCCGCGCUCUGACCUGACUGCCCCUCUGACGCCCUGCCGGUCAGACACAUCCUCCACACCCACCAGGAACAACGCCCACCUCUUCGGGGACCAGGACCUCUCCAGGUCCCCCUUACUGGGCUCCUCCACUUCUACCCCCAGCCAUAGCCACUCAGAGCUGGAGAGGCAGCUCUCUGGAGGUCUGGGUGGUGGUGGGCAGCCUGUAGGGAUGGGCAGCCUCCCAUCAGACAUCGCCCUAGCCAGGGCCCAAGCUCUGGAGCAGGAACGCAUCCUCAGCAACAUCAAGCUGGAGCAGACUGAGAGCACCGAGUGCCACGGACCCAGAGAUGGCGCCUACUCCCACAUGGGCUCAGGGAAGGGCACAGUGAAGGAGGAGGGUGGAGCUGCAGCACAGAUCCCCUCCCACAGCGGGGGAGCGAAAGGGGAAUCUGGGGGUAACAACGAGCUCCUCAAACACCUGUUGAAGAACAAGCAGACGCCUCUUAAUGGACCAGGGCUUCCCCACCAACGGUCAGACAAGAGCCUGAGGUCUGAGGAAGAGGAGGCGGAUGCAGACUGCAAGGCCUUGCUGCUAAGGCAGAGCUCCAUGGACAGCAACGGGGUGAGUCAGUCUGGCAGAUGAGGCACGGCAGUGGAGGUUGGUGAAGGCUCAUUGCAACAGCUGGGAUGGAAUAAAUGGAACGGUUCAGUUCCAUUCAUUACAAUGAGUCUGUCCUCCGAUUUCUCCCUCCAUCAGCCUCCAUUGAGUCACAGUGACCGCUAGCUUGCUAUGUAGGUAGAGUCACAGCCAAGCCAAGCAGGCUCUGAGUCUGGUUCAGUGAAUCAGUCCGAUGGGUUGCUGCCUGUGACAAACUGCUGUGAGUCAUAGUAGGAGGCAGUAUUUUAGGCUGAGUCAUGAUUCAUGAAAUGGUCUCACAGAUCUUCUCCUGCAAAAAAAUAAUGGUGGUGUUGGUGGAAAUACCCAAUGUCAUGUUUUUUUAAAUAUACAUAAUUCUGUAUUUUUUGUGAUUGGCGAUAAGAGAGACACUGCUUACCAGUGUCUCUAUGACAAUUGACAAAGUAAUCUUCUACCUUCACCCAGGCGUAUUCAGACGGACAGCUCUGUGGCCUCCCAGAGUUCCCAGGACCGCUGCUCACAGGACAGGAGAAGAAGAAAGGCAGGAACAAGAGGAACCCCAAAGGAGGGGAGAGGCCUACCUCUCGCUACAAGAAGAGGAAGAAAGAAGGGGAGGAGAAGCAACUGGUGCACUCCAGCACUGAUACACUAAUGACCCAGCUCAAACAGGUAGGGAGUAGACCUAAACAUAACACUAGGGACUGUGCAGUCCACCACAGACAAAAAGCCAAUGAUGAAAUUUUAAAAUGAAAGCUGUUAAUGCUCUACACACACUUCAGAGAGUAGACUUCUUCUUACAUCAGUAGGCCACAUUCAGCAUGUUACAUUUACUCAUCUCACAUUAAGGGGAGCUAAAUUAUCCCUUCAGAGAUGUAUUUCCUUCCACAGCGCUGUCUUUAACAUCGCUGUGAUGCAUCGACCACAGAGCUAGCUAAUUACAGAUAGGAUUAUCCUAGGACGGUGCCCUUGGUGUGUGUAUGCUGAUACCAUUACAUGCAUCAUAGCCACAUUACUGCUGUGAUUAUGGACUAGCAAAUGAUGCUGCUAGGUUUAUGACAGUUAUACACCCAGGCAUUACUAGUGUGUAAGGUAGGGUCGUACUCUGCGAAUGUUGUAGAGCAUGAACCUACAGAAAUCGGGUCACCGCUUUGAUGUUAGCGGAGAACGACAGGGUGUUGUCCAGGGUCACGCCAAGGUUCUUUGCACUCUGGGAGGAGGACACAACGGAGUUGUCAACCAUGAUGGCGAGAUCAUGGAGCGGGCAGUCCUUCCCCGGGAGGAAGAGCAGCUCCGUCUUGCCGAGGUUCAGCUUGAGGUGGUGAUCCGACAUCCACACUGAUAUGUCUGCCAGACAUGCAGAGAUGUGAUUCGCCACCUGGUUAUCAGAAGGGGGAAAGGAGAAGAUUAAUUGUGUGUCGUCUGCAUAGCAAUGAUAGGAGAGACCAUGUGAGGAUAUGACAGAGCCAAGUGACUUGGUGUAUAGAGAGAAUAGGAGAGGGCCUAGAACUGAGCCCUGGGGGACACCAGUGGUGAGAGCACGUGGUGCGGAGACAGAUUCUCGCCACGCCACCUGGUAGGAGCGACCUGUCAGGUAGGACACAAUCCAAGAGUGAGCCGCGCCGGAGAUGCCCAACUCGGAGAGGGUGGAGAGGAGGAUCUGAUGGUUCACAGUAUCAAAGGCAGCAGAUAGGUCUAGAAGGAUGAGAGCAGAGGAGAGAGAGUUAGCUUUAGCAGUGCGGAGAGCCUCCGUGACACAGAGAAGAGCAGUCUGUUUAAUGACCAGUCUUGAAACCUGACUGGUUUGGAUCAAGAAGGUCAUUCUGAUAGAGAGCAAGAGUUGGCUAAAGACGGCACGCUCAAGAGUUUUGGAGAGAAAAGAAAGAAGGGAUACUGGUCUGUAGUUGUUGACAUCGGAGGGAUCGAGUGUAGGUUUUUUGAGAAGGGGUGCAACUCUCGCUCUCUUGAAGACGGAAGGGACAUAGCCAGUGGUCAAGGAUGAGUUGAUGAGCGAGGUGAGGUGAGGGGAAAGGGUCAAGCGGGCAGGUUGUUGGGCGGCCGGCCGUCACAAGUCGCAAGAUUUCAUCUGGAGAGAGAGGGGAGAAAGAAGUCAAAGCAUAGGGUAGGGCAGUGUGAGCAGGACCAGCGGUGUCAUUUGACUUAAUAAAUGAGGAUCGGAUGUCGUCAACCUUCUUUUCAAAAUGGUUGACGAAGUCCUCCACAGAGAGGGAGGGGGAGGAGGAGGAGGAUUCAGCAGGGAGGAGAAGGUGGCAAAGAGCUUCCUAGGGUUAGAGGCAGAGGCUUGAAAUUUAGAGUGGUAGAAAGUGGCUUUAGCAGCAGAAACAGAGGAAGAAAAUGUAUAGAGGAGGGAGUGAAAAGAUGACAGGUCGGCAGGGAGUCUAGUUUUCCUCCAUUUCCGCUCGGCUGCCCGGAGCCCUGUUCUUGUGAGCUCGCAAUGAGUCGUCAAGCCACGGAGCAGGAGUGGAGGACCGAGCCGGCCGGGAGGAUAGGGGACAUAGAGAGUCAAAAGAUGCAGAAAGGGAGGAGAGGAGGGUUGAGGCGGCAGAAUCAGGAGAUUGGAGGGAGAAGGAUUGAGCAGAGGGAAGAGAUGAUAGGAUGGAAGAGGAGAGAGUAGCGGGAGAGAGAGAGCGAAGGUCGCGACGGCGCAUUACCAUCUGAGUAGGGGCAGAGUGAGUAGUGUUGGAGGAGAGCGUGAGAUAAAAGGAUACAAAGUAGUGGUCGGAGACUUGGAGGGGAGUUGCAGUGAGAUUAGUAGAAGAACAGCAUCUAGUAAAGAUGAGGUCAAGCGUAUUGCCUGCCUUGUGAGUAGGGGGAGACAGUGAGAGGGUGAGGUCAAAAGAAAAGAGGAGAGGAGUGGAAAGAAGGAGGCAGAGAGAAAUGAGUCAAAGGUACACGUAGGGAGGUUAAAGUCACCCAGAACUGUGAGGGGUGAGCCAUCCUCAGGAAAGGAACUUAUCAAGGCGUCAAGCUCAUUGAUGAACUCUCCAAGGGAACCUGGAGGGCGAUAAAUGAUAAGGAUGUUAAGCUUGAAUGGGCUAGUGACUGUACAGCAUGGAAUUCAAAUGAGGAGAUAGACAGAUGGGUCAGGGGAGAAACAGACACAUAGUUGACAGGCUACAGAAAAGGCUACACUAAUGCAAAGGAGAUCGGAAUUAAAUUAACUAAACAUCUGGGGAAACGAGGACUCCCUCACUAACCUUUCACUGAAACACUCAAAUACAACUCUUCCAACUUCCACUUUAGAAAUUAUAAUUGCUGUAAUCUACAGUAGUUCAAUGUUUCCAGGAAUAGACUAACUUAGUUUAUUCAGCUAGCUAACUUGGUACAGUAUUCUUCUGUGAAAACCGCCCAGGGCACCGUACUGUAUCCUAUGACGCCAUAGCUAACUAGCAUGCUAGCAUCCAAUAACACACCGUUUAGCACCAAUACUUGGUUACAACAAACUACCAAUGGAUCAUUCAUGUCCGUGUCUAGUUCCUUUCAUAAUGCAGAAGAUUAAACGUUGGCUAGCUAGCACAAAGUCAGUCAUGCUAGCUACACAAGUGGACUACACAUCUCGAAUGAUCAGAAAGUGAAGCUUACGUUGCAAAAUUCUCAUUGACUAAAAUGAUACAGUACUGCUAGCUGGUAAUGUUGGCUAGCUAGCAGUGGCUGCGGUGUUGACUGUUUGAUAAUGUAGCUGGCUAGCUAACCUCGAUAGUUUCUCUAUACUACACCUUUGUCUUUGAUACCAAGACAACUAUGUAGCUAGCUAACUUUACACUAAUCAAAUCGUUCCGUUGAAAUGUAUUUAGUUGCUACAGUACUGCUAGCUGAUAUAGUUGGCCAGCUAGCAGUGGCUGCGGUGUUGCUACCCGCUAGCUAGCUAGCUUUAAUGGUCCAGGUAGUGGGUUAGCUAGCUAGCCUCGUGCUUCACCGGGCUCAGUCGCAUACACUACAAAACGUACCUACAAUAACUACCUGGAUAAACUACCUACAAUCUAAAUGCAUGGUUUAAGCUUUACUCGACACAUAUAAAGAAGAAGCCAAGCUUACAUCCCCGCUUAGAGGUACACAACCUCACCCCAUAUCUCCUGCGAGUAAACUUCUUCAUUAGUGCAUUCAACCCUUCUCCUUUCCUCUCCCCUGGCUGGAACGCUUCCCUAGGUCAUUACUGUAAAUAAGAAUGUUGUCACAUUCUCUGUUAAAAUAUUAAAUAAAUAAAUAAAUAUGCGUAACCUCCUCUGUUUCUCUCCAUCUCCCUUCCUCUCUCUCGUCCUACAGCAGCUGUCCCUUCUGCCCCUCAUGGAGCCCCUGAUAGGGGUGAACUUUGCCCACUUUGCCCCCUACGGCAGCGGCCAGCUCAACGGUGAGAACCUCCUGUCUGGGACAUUCGGCAGCGCCUCUCUGGAAGGUGUCUCCGACUACUACUCCCAGCUCGCCUACAAGGUAAGGACUCACCUCCAACCAGAGUUUAUUUUGUUAUUUUAAAAUCCUGCUCAUCUCGUUUUCUUUUUUUUUUAAGAGACAGACUUUGAAUGAGCUAGGGAGAGAUGGAGGGAUCCCACGCAAACAUGUACUGCAUACUGUAUGCGCAGAAGGUGCUGGCACUACCCACUAGACCAGCCCCAGGCACAAGACACUUUAAUUAAGAUGAAGUUGAAUGAUGCCUUUGAAGCAGUGACUUGUGGUAGCAAGAGACUGCUAUGAUAUAAUAUUAUAAAUUAUAUCCCCUUUUGUAGUAUGGUGACAUGUAUUCCUUGGCUUGUUUCUUCAAAGCAGAACAAUCUGAGCAACCCUCCCACCCCGCCGGCUUCACUCCCUCCGACUCCUCCACCUGUAAACCGUCAGAAGAUGAUCAACGGCUUUGCCACGACAGAGGAGCUGGCCAGCAAAGAUGCUGCCAUGGGUGAGCACUGGGGAGGGUUCAGAGGUCACGGGUGACCAGGGGUUAUUGGUAGAUUAGGUUCCAGCUUGCUGAAUCUCUGAAGUAGUUUUUUUAACUUCAAAAUAAUGUAUCAUACACAGCAUUCUGAAAUGUGUUGAGAAGGUUACGCUAUUUUGAAAGUUCAUAACCUUGCGAAACCCCUAUUGAGAAAAUGGACUUGAAAGUUUUUGCAACAAUUUCCAAUUGUAGUGUCAUUCUGUUAGGACCAAUCUUAAUGUUCCUCUUCUAUGUAGUAUCCAAAGGUCUGGUCCCCAAGCCGCUCCAUGUCCCAUUCAGGACCGAGGAGGACCUGCUGGCCCGAGCCAUCGCUCAGGGACCUAAAACUGUGGACGUGCCAGCCUCCCUCCCCACACCCCCUCACAACAACCAGGAGGAACUCAGGUAAGUAAGGCCUCUGCUCCCAUAACAGGGCAAUUAGGAGUAUGGUUGCAAAUUCCAGUAAUUUCCCCAAAAUUCCCAGGUUUUCCUGAAAUCCCGGCUACAAGAUUCCCGGAAUCAAGAGGGAAUUAGCAGAAAAUCCGGAAUCCUCCUACCAAGUUACCAGAAUUUUUCUAUCCAAAUUAGAAUUGAUGUCUUUGCUUACUCUUUACAUCUUAAAGAUGCCAUAUUACCUUCUAAACCUGUCAUUGUGAUUACGGUGUAUUCUGUAAAUACUUGGCCGCACAAUGAUUUUCCCUACUGGGACAAUUAAGAUUAAUUUGAAUUGCACUUUAUAGACACUGCAGUGGACACUUUGAAUACUAAUAUUUGUCUAAAAACAUGCAUUCUUCUUGAUCUGGGUACUCAGACUAGGCUGUAGAUACAUGUACAGUGAGCUCCAAAAGUAUUGGGACAGUGACAUUUUUGUUGUUGUUUUGGCUCUACUCCAGCACUUUGGAUUUGAAAUGAUACAAUGGCUAUGAGGUUAAAGUGUAUAUUCCUAGCAGUCCCAUAUUUCUAGCACGCAAUUAUUACAUCAAGCUUGUGACUCUCCAAAAUUUGUUGGAUGCAUUUUCUGUUUGUUUUGGUUGUGUUUCAGAUUAUUUUGUGGCUAAUAGAAAUGAACGGUAAAUAAUGUAUUGUGACAUUUUGGAGUCACUUUUAUUGUAAAUAAGGAGAGAAUAUGUUUCUAAACACUUCUACAUUAAUGUUGUGGAUGCUACCAUGAUUACGAAUAGUCCUGAAUGAAUCGUGAAUAAUGAUGAGUGAGAAAGUUAGCCUCACAAAUAUCAUACCCCCAAGACAUGCUAACCUCAAAUUUUAUCACUCAUUAUUCACGAUUCAUUCAGGAUUAUCCGUAAUCAUGGUAGCAUCCACUGUCCCAAUACUUUUGGGACUCACAUUAUAUGAUACAAGCUUUCAGACUCCACAACAAUUUCUACACAAUGUUCUUAGCUUUGGGAAGCCUGAUCUAGACAAUUUACAGUUUUGAAUGCAAUUAUAUUUUUGUGGAAAUAGGCUAUUUGUCUAAAAACAGGCAUGUUCCUCUGUCUGUGUACUCAGACUAGGCUGUAGAUAUACCAUACAAUCUUUCACAGACUCCAAAACAAUCUCUACACAAUGUUCUCAGUUUAGGGAAGCCUGUGAUAUGCAAUUAUACACUGCUCAAAAAAAUAAAGGGAACACUAAAAUAACACAUCCUAGAUCUGAAUGAAUGAAAUAAUCUUAUUAAAUACUUUUUUCUUUCUUUCUUUUCUCCAUGUGCUGACAACAAAAUCGCACAAAAAUGAUCAAUGGAAAUCAAAUGUAUCAACCCAUGGAGGUCUGGAUUUGGAGUCACCCUCAAAAUUAAAGUGGAAAACCACACUACAGGCUGAUCCAACUUUGAUGUAAUGUCCUUAAAACAAGUCAAAAUUAGGCUCAGUAGUGUGUGUGGCCUCCACGUGCCUGUAUGACCUCCCUACAACGUCUAGGCAUGCUCCUGAUGAGGUGCCGGAUGGUCUCCUGAGGGAUCUCCUCCCAGACCUGGACUAAAGCAUCCGCCAACUCCUGGACAGUCUGGUGCAGCGUGGCGUUGGUGGAUGGAGCGAGACAUGAUGUCCCAGAUGUGCUCUAUUGGAUUCAGGUCUGGGGAACGGGCGGGCCAGUCCAUAGCAUCAAUGCCUUCCUCUUGCAGGAACUGCUGACACACUCCAGCCACAUGAGGUCUAGCAUUGUCUUGCAUUAGGAGGAACCCAGGGCCAACCGCACCAGCAUAUGGUCUCACAAGGGGUCUGAGGAUCUCAUCUCGGUACCUAAUGGCAGUCAGGCUACCUCUGGCGAGCACAGGCCUGACCGUUUGAGCAGACACAUGCACAUUUGUGGCCUGCUGGAGGUCAUUUUGCAGGGCUCUGGCAGUGCUCCUCCUUGCACAAAGGCAGAGGUAGCAGUCCUGCUGUUGGGUUGUUGCCCUCCUACGGCCUCCUCCACGUCUCCUGAUGUACUGGCCUGUCUCCUGGUAGCGCCUCCAUGCUCUGGACACUACGCUGACAGACACAGCAAACCUUCUUGCCACAGCUCGCAUUGAUGUGCCAUCCUGGAUGAGCUGCACUACCUGAGCCACUUGUGUGGGUUGUAGACUCCGUCUCAUGCUACCACUAGAGUGAAAGCACCGCCAGCAUUCAAAAGUGACCAAGACAUCAGCCAGGAAGCAUAGGAACUGAGAAGUGGUCUGUGGUCACCACCUGCAAAACCACUCCUUUAUUGGGGGUGUCUUGCUAAUUGCCUAUAAUUUCCACCUGUUGUCUAUUCCAUUUGCACAACAGCAUGUGAAAUGUAUUGUCAAUCAGUGUUGCUUCCUAAGUGGACAGUUUGAUUUCACAGAAGUGUGAUUGACUUGGAGUUACAUUGUGUUGUUUAAGUGUUCCCUUUAUUUUUUUGAGCAGUGUAUAUUUUUUGAAAAAUAGGUUGACCAACAAUAUUGUUUUGAUACAUGCUGAUGUUAACUAAUGUUUCUCUCAACCCCCUCCCUCUCUGUCACAGUAACAGGCUGGGACAGGAGCAUUGUAAGGACCGGGACACACCAGAUAGUUUUGUCCCCUCCUCGUCCCCAGAAAGUGUGGUUGGCAUGGAGAUCAGCCGCUACCCAGACCUGUCAUUGGUGAAGGAGGAGCCCCUCUCCCCCAUCCUCCCCAUGCUCCCCACACCCUGGGGGAAAGGUAAAUAAUUAAAGUUAUACUUUAUUUUAACAGUUCAUAAUAAACCAUUUAUAAGGCAUUUACAAAAAGAUUGCACACCAUUUAGGAUUAGGUAAGGAUUAGGGUUCAAUACUGCUCACUUUAGAUUAGGGACUGUGAAAAUACUUUAUGAUAUGUAAAUGGUUUAUAAAUGUGGGGGUAAUGAUUAAUAAAUGGUUUCCUACGGACCGUUAAAAUAAUGUGUUACCAUAAAUGAAUAUGGCCUUGGUAAUUUGUUUAAACUGGUAAUAAAUGAUCAACUGUAAAAAGAGAUGUGCCUUUCUCACUAUUAUCAGCACUCCAUCAUCAAUCAAAUUAUAUUUAUAAAGCCCUUUUACAUCAACAGCUGUCACAAACUGCUUUACAGUAUCAAUGAAAGCAGUAAGUAUUAAUGAAACAUCCUUUAAAACAUUAUUCCGAAUGCCUCUAUUGGUCUUCCUGUAGGAUCAGAGGUUAGGCUGAAGACUGAGCUCAAGACGGAGCCCUCUGGGAUGUUCUUCGGCUCCCAUUUUGGCCCGCUGUCUAACGACACUAAGCCAGGCCUGCUGUCUGUAGCCAUCACCCUGAGACCAGCGGCUGCUGAGGUGAGUAUUUCUGUUCUGUUGGCUUCACUUCCUCCAGCUUUCAUAGAAAAUCAGCAUGGAGGAAAUGGUCUAGAUCCUUUUCUUUUCAUGUUUGUUGGUUAUUGUUGGUAGUUCAUUCCCCUUUUUCUCAUAAAAAAUGCACCUCAGUCAUUUCACUACUGGUCAAAUAUGUGAGGAUUAAAACAUCACCAGGCAUAAUUGUAGGAGCUGAAGCCAAUUCUUUGCUCUCUGUCUACUGUACAUGUGCCGGUGGCUUGAUUGGCAAUAGCCGCAACAUUAAUUUUCAUGUUGUGUUUUUGUUCUCAGAACAUCACAGGUGUGGUAGCAGCCAUCUCAGAACUGCUGUGUGUGAAGAUCCCCAGCAGCUAUGAGGUCAGCAGCACCCCGGGCCCAGACAGGGGGCCCCUGGCCAUGCUCAGCGGCCUGAGGGUGGGUCCCCAGGGAGGCCUGGAGCACCGGCCUGGGGCCCCCAUGAUGUACCCGGGCCGUGGUGGUGCUGUGGACAUCGGGGGCCCUCACCCUCAUGGAGACCCAGGCCAGCUCAUCAGGCCCGGGGGAGGAGGACCACAACAGAGAAUGAUGAUGCAACAGCAGCUGGGACAUCCACAGCAGCACAUCCGCUUCCAUCCUGACGGACCAGGUGAGAGACUGGGCUACAUCCCUGCACCUUAUCGCCCCCUUAUGUCCAAAUACAGACAUAACAGGGGAGAUGUUGCUGCUCUUGUGUGCUCAUCUUGAACUGAAACACUGCUGAAAUUCAUGUCCAUCCAGACCAGUUUGUUUUGUUAGUUAUAUUAUACCUUUAUUUAACCAGGAAAAGCUCAUUGAGACAGUCUCUUUUGCAAGGGAGACCUAGCCAAGAAGGCAGCAGCAAUCAAUACAACAUACGAUUUAAAACAUGCACAACAAUAUGAUCCGGCCGACAAGAAACAUUUACAAUCCUCCUCGUCAUUCUUUCCCCCCUCGUUGGCCAUUUAAAUAAUUAGCCCCUUUUAACGAUGUUUACAAAUGGGCAGUUUCUUCGCCCAGUGAAUCAUUAUCCUUCUGUAAGGGGUCUAAAGGCUAUGUGUGUCUGGCCCACCAGGUAAUGAUGGGCAUACGUAUUGAUCUCACACAACGAUACACACAACUAAUGAAACUGAGUAAUCAUCCUUCCUGGGCACGAUCGCACUGGUACACACACCCCCACACACACACACCUGCUUAGCGCUGCUGUCAGUGUCAGACCACAGGCCUAAUGAAUGUGGUCAGUUAGCCUGGACCCGUAGAUCAAAAACAGCCAGAUAAAUGAUCAAGUGGACACCUCAUCAGUGGGGUAAAGGUAUAGGAUAUUCCUCUCAAUUAUCUAUUGUUAAUUGUCGUGGGAUCUUAUAACAAGGAGGUGUUUAUCUUCAAACCAAUUGUGCGGUUGAUCUAAGACAAUUGCAUCAUGGCCAUCUAAGGUCAUAAAGUAUGAGUGAUACCUCACGAAACUAGAACAAAAAAAAGACCCUGAUUUUGGGGGAUCUUCACUCAAUCUAAUCCAUAGAAGGGUCCUUAGGAGGAAGGAUUGUUGACAUAUAUUUGACAUUUGGAUUUUAAAGCAUAAUCUUAAAGCAUAAAUUAUUAAUUGAAGUUAGAAUAAUUGUGACAUAAUGUUUAAUAUGUACGUGCUACAAAACAAAAGUUGGUGUCAUAUAAAGCUUUACCGCUUCCUCUGUGAUAUGAGUAGUAUUUUGAUUUCAGUAACACAUUUCUUACAUACAUUUAUGAAUAUUAAAAAAUAUAAACAUUAAUAUUGAAAAUAUACAAUUUUUGAUUUGGCUAAUUUGUCAAUAUAUUGUUCAACAUAAUAUACUCUACGGACAUAUUGAAGUUCCAGAGUGGGACAAGAGCUGCUAGGUUUAUUACUUCAAAUAAAUGAGUGGCGCUCUGCUGCCUAAAAAUCAGCCGUUUUUAAAUGGUUAUUUGGUCCAAAACAAGACAGCAGCAGAGCGCCACUCAUUUAUUUGAAGUAAUAAACCUAGCAGCAGUACUGCACUGGCCUGUUAUGCAUCUAACAUAGUUGGAGGAGCUGUGUCACAGAGAGCGGUCUAUGUGUUUCAGGUUCAGCUGCAGUCAGAGGCACCCAUCAGAAGACCGCCGGCAGCCCAGGCGCCAAGCCCCAGUGGUGCUGCCACUGUAAGGUGGUGGUGCUGGGAAAUGGAGUCCGCAAGUCCAUCAAAGACCUUCCAGUACACAAACAGGUAACGUACCGCCAGAGCUUUCAUGUAGUCAAUUACUACGUGUUCAUCAGGCUGACCUCAUACAUUACAAAGACUGUUAUCUAUUGGUCAACACUGAGCGAUACAUUGAUAUUUCGAUCUUGCGGUCCACGUUAGAUAGUCGUGUCUAUAUCUAUCUAAUGGUCCACAUGUUCUGUCAACACUGAUUGAUCAAUUACCUUGUUGUGAUCUUGCCCAACCAAGCCAUGAUCUAUAUGGAUUGAUUGACUAUCUGCUUGGCCAACCAACCAACCCAGUAAAAGCCCUUCUCUCCAUCAGUCGCUCAGACCUCACAGGAUUGGGGGUGUGCGCGCGCACAGACACACACACAUGCUACACACACAAAAGUGCAUGCACACAGACACAGACAUACACACACAUCCGUGCAUGUCCGUACACACAUGUACUGUAGAGCCUCUAGUUAUGCUAAUCCCCCCAUUGGAGUGAAAUCCAUAUCGGUAGCAUGCCCUCAGACUAGUCUGGGGAGUUCACAAAUGGUUAAAUAUAAUAUGCCAUUUAGCAGACGCUUUUAUCCAAAGCGACUUACAGUCAUGCGUGCAUACAUUUUUACGUAUGGGUGGUCCCGGGGAUCGAACCCACUACCCUGGCGUUACAAGCGCCAUGCUCUACCAAUUGAGCUACAAAGGACCCUGAUUCAUCUGAAUAUUGGAGCUGUUUGAUUAUUGAAUAACCCCUUUUAGCAUUGAUAAAGGUUUCUGUAUGAGCAUCAAUUUUGGCCUUUGAUAGCUCAUUGAGCUUAAGGAGAAGUGCUUCUCUCCAUCUCCCUCGCUACAUCUCCUGACAUGCCUGGCUUCCCUCCUCUUCUUCAGGAACAAGAAGGAUCGUUGCGUUCUGAGAGGAACUUGGUCUUCUGCAGCCACAGCUGCUUCCUCCUCUACUCUGCUUCCUCCUCCUCAUCUUCCUCCUCCUCGCAGGCCAGAACCACUACAGACUCUAAGGUUUGUCCUACUAAUAAUGUCCUAUCAAUACCUAACAAUUCAAAUACAUGAGGCACUUUGGUGUGCACAAGAAUCAAAGGCACCUAAAGGUGUUGAAGAGUGCAUAAUAUGUCAAGUCAAAGCUGUGUUGAAUCCUCUUCUUGCCUCUUCAAAGCUGUACCUAGAAUGAAUGAAUGAAUGAAUUAAUUAAUUAAUUAAUUGAAAUGUGCAGGUCAUCAUUACAUUAUUGUCUUCUGCAGGACACGGUGGCCCUCCUGUCUCCAGACUCGGACCAGAAAGAGAGCCUGUCUAAAACACAACACCAGUACAGCAACAACAUAUCCUCUCUGGAUGUCCACUGUCUGGCCCAGCUCCAGCUCAAGCAGUCCCCUCCCUCCACCCCACCCAUCCCCUUCCCCCCAGCCAGUGACACCACUAAGACCCCUAAGACAGAGGCCAAGUCAGACACCAUCAAAGUGACGGUAAAGCUGAAGGCGCGGGGCCCCAGGGCUCACCAGGAGGGCUGGCACCAGGGGAAGAGACACAAGGGUCUCCGCUGGAGGAAGUGGACAGUGCAGGUGGUAGUGCCUAGAGGAAGCUCCCAGCUCCCUGACGAGGACCAGAUAGACGAGCUGCUGAGGAAGCUGGGAGCGUCUCUCCGCCCCGGGGCCAGCCUCAGGGACCAGCGCCGCUGCUGCUUCUGUCACCAGCUGGGGGACGGGGUCACCGACGGCCCUGCCCGCCUCCUCAGCCUGGACCUGGACGUGUGGGUGCACCUCAACUGUGCCCUGUGGUCCACCGAGGUAGGUAGCCCAGAGGUUAGAGAGGUGGACUGCUGGUUUUAGAUCAUUACUACCAUUCACUACAAUCGUGCCCCUUCUUUUAUUAAAGUUAUAUUGUGUUGUAUAUCUAUUAUAAAUAUUGUAUUGUUGUAUAGGUGUAUGAGACGCAGUCAGGCGCUCUGAUCAAUGUGGAGCUGGCGCUGAGGCGGGGUUCGGCGGUCCGCUGUGCCUUCUGCCAGCAGAUGGGCGCCACCAGCGGCUGCCACCGCCUGCGCUGCACCAACGUCUACCACUUCACCUGCGCCCUGCAGGCACACUGCACCUUCUUCAAGGACAAGACCAUGCUUUGCCAUGCCCACCGCCCCAGAGGCUCAGGCUCCGCCCACGGUAGCUCUGGCCACGUCCUGGAGCACGAGCUGCGCUGCUUCGCUGUGUUCCGCCGCGUCUACAUACAGAGGGACGAGGUGAGGCAGAUGGCCAGCGCCGUGCAGCAGCCCGAGCUGGGCUACACCUUCAGAGUGGGCAGCCUGGUGCUCCAUACCGUUGGUCAGCUCACCCCGUCCCAGAUGGCCGCCUUCCACUCUGCCACAGCCAUCUUCCCCGUGGGCUACGAGGCCUGCCGCAUCUACUGGAGCAUGCGCCACGGCAACCGCCGCUGCCGCUACCUGUGCUCCGUGGAGGAGAGGGAGGAGCAGCCGGAGUUCAGCAUCCGCGUCAUCGAGCAGGGACACAAGGACCUGAUCCUCACUGACUCCACUGCCAAAGGUGGGCUGGGAUAGAUUUGUCUUAGGCCAGGCUUUAGAUUAGGCUUGUCUAGUAAAGGUGGGCUAGCUAGAUUGGUUUUAUGACAUGCUUAGUUAGCCCUGUUAUGGCUGUAGCCUCUGCUGUUUAUGUAUCUGGGUUAGCUUAGACUAGGCUUGUUUCUAGAUAAUUUUGCCUUUCAGAUUCUCUUUUACUACAGUAAAUGUUUUCUGUAGGCGUCCCUAUAAUAUAUAACCCCUGCUGUUUCCUGUCUAUCAGGAGUGUGGGAUAAGGUCCUGGGACCGGUGGCUGACAGGAGGACUGAAAUAGGAACUCUGAAACUCUUCCCUGUCUAUCUGAAAGGAGAGGACCUGUUUGGGCUCACUGUAUCUGCAGUCACCAAGAUCACUGAAUCGGUUUGUAUCUGUUUUUAGUUGUAUUAUAUUAAAACAUUUAUAAUAAAUUAUCAAUGUUCAAAUUACGCUAUAGAUGUCUGUAGCUGCCUAUUCAGAUGAACGACUCUUAAAAUACCCAUACCAUACUGUAUUGUAGACACUGAAGUGAGGAGGAGCGUUCCAGUCUCAUUUCCCUGUGCUGUUGCUUGUGUUCCAGCUCCCAGGGGUAGAGGCCUGUGACAGGUACACCUUCCGUUACGGCCGUAACCCUCUGAUGGAGCUGCCCCUGAUCUUUAACCCCUCCGGCAGUGCCCGCGCCAUGCCUAAAACCAGCUCCCCAUCCACCGCCGUUGUCAUAAGGUAUUGUGGAUGAAUUUACAUUGAUUUAAGUCUGUGGAUUUAAUGUACUUUGGUUUAUCACAAGUUAUUUUCUAUAACAAUAUGUAGGCUUUGUUUUGUACUUGUUUUGUUAAUUGUACUAUGCCCUCCUCCACACACACACACUCCUAGGCGCCAGCCAGUAUCCAGCACCACCAAUACCUCCUCCAGGUGUCAGAACACAGCCCAGGGGGAGGGAGGUGUACCCCACACCAAGCCACCCACGGUGCACCACAGGUCCUCUCAGUACCGCUGGAUGAAGAGUGAGUGGAGGGCCAACGUCUACCUCGCUGCCUCCAAGAUCCAGGUGGGUCUACUGGGCAUGAUCUUCUAUGUUCAACUCUGUAGCAUUCCCCUUCUAAAGUAGCAGAGUGAAUAUGACACUGAAGUAUGACAGCAUGAGAGUAAGAGGACUUACUGUUAGACGUAGACAAACUUUCUGAUUGCUGUGUCCACAGGGCCUGGGUCUGUAUGCAUCCAGGGACAUAGAGAAACACACCAUGGUGAUCGAGUACAACGGAACCGUCCUCCGCAACGAGGUGGCCAUCAGGAAGCAAAGGACUUACAAGUCUCAGGUGCAAAUCUUCUUUUUUUUUUUACUCAAGGCUCUACUAAUUACUGUGUUGUGGAGAGCGAAGGCUGAAUAAUACAUGUUUGCUGUAUUCUCUCAUGUAAUGAUUCCAGUUGGUCUAAGUGGUUACUUUUCCCCCACAGAAUCGUGGAGUGUUCAUGUUCCGCAUCGACAGUGAACAUGUUGUUGAUUCCAGUCAGACAGGGGGUCUAGCAAGGUAAGCAUAUUGUUUACAUAGGUCAAGUAAAAGUAAGUAGCCUUACUAAGCCGGAACAGCUCGUAGGAGCAGGAGCCCAUCUCCUGUUUCUGAAGCAUGAGGCAGCUUGAUGUAGAAGUACUCCCCCUGGACAGGAUCAUAGGGCUUUGUUGUAUUGUUUACAUAGUCACAUUCCAACUGAUUCACAUUCUAAUCUUAACUGAUUUAUUUGUCGCUCAAUGUCAGGAUGGUGGUGCUAUAAUUCAUUUACAGGGCUCCGUAUGUAGCCUCCAGUCUGAUUACACAGUAUGCACAAUGAACCUCUCAUUCAAAAAUGUAAUUACAAAUUCCGUCAUAAUGUGCAAUGCUAUGUGUUUGUUUUCUUAUACAGGUACAUCAACCACUCUUGUACCCCGAACUGUGUCGCAGAGGUGGUAACCUUCGAAAGAGGUUAUAAAAUUAUCAUCACCUCCAACCGCAGAAUCGAGAAAGGAGAGGAGGUGGGUUCUUUUUCCUUUCAAUUGAAAAUAUCUACAUAUGCUAUGAAUGGCGUUUUCAUUGUCAUCACUGUUUUUCCCCGUUAUUUUCCAGCUUUGUUUUGACUACCAGUAUGACUGUGUGGACGGCCAACACAAGAUCGCCUGUCACUGUGGAACAGCAGACUGCAGGAAAUGGAUCAAC